AUGGAUGAGACGCAGCUGCAGAGCACCAUCCAGGACAUGCCCAAACCAAACCAUUUUGCGCAGCAGAUGAGGGAGAUGAUCGAGCAGCAGAUUCCCUUGAUCGGCGCCUCUCAGCGGGCCCAUCAUUCGGCGCCAAUAAACACUGCCAAGGCAGACCAGGUCUUGCGAAGCUUCCAGGUUGAAUACCUGGCACAGAUGGAGACAGACGCUGUGAAUUUGGAGAUGUGCACCAAAGAGAUAAGGUCCCAGAUCAUCCGCAAUGCUUUCUCCAGAUCCACUCAGCAGCGAAUGUCCAAGGGGCAGGAUUACGCCAUGCGCUGCACGCAAUGGCGUAAGAACAUCCAGCAGUGGGUUGGUGGAAACAUUGCAGAGGAGCUGCUGGGGCAGCUGCUGCGGCUGAAUGACCGCAUGCAUGCUGCCCUGUCCAGCUGGCAUGCAGCCACUACCGACUUCGCCGAGGCCUGCAGCCGUUCUCAGGAGGUCCAGCAGAAGGAGAGUCCUCGCAGUGGCAGGAGGGAGGAUCAGCCCCCAGCCACACAGUGGUUCAGCCCCCUGGGCAGCAGCGCCAGCCGCAUACUGUCAGAGUCACCAUCCAGCGCAAGCACAGACAGCAACACGCCACGAGAGGUCAGCAGCCGGUGCACCCAGCCCGCAGCAUCCGCUGCCUCCCCGCAGCUUCCCUCUGCUUCUGCCAGCUUGCGCAGAACUUCAGACAUCAUAUCAAGCGGCGAGCGUUCUUCUCCUAUACAUGCAAGCUUCGGCAUGCCCAGUCAGCAGCAGCAGCCGGCGUUCACAGCUGCCCAGCCGUUGCCACUGGGGGAUCUGCUGGGCUUCCACAGCUCGUCACCAGUGUCAGCGUGGCCUGCUUCGCAAGAUGCGCUGCAGACGAGGUCAUCGGAGCAGCGCAGCCAAGCCAGCUUGCAGCAGCCUGCACCUGCCUUACCUCGCAGCCAAGAGCAGCCACCUCGUUCGCAGCGGGUGAGUAAGGCAACAAGUGCACCUGCAGCGGAGCUUCCUGGCAAGUGGGAGGCGCAGUGGCCUGCUGUGCCAGGCACAGCUGCAUUGCCAGCAACUCCACCGGCGCAGGACUUCUGGCGCAGUGCAGAGGCCAGUGGGAAGGCAUCGCCGUUUGAUGCAGCAGGACCAGCUGGUGCCCGGCCCAUCCUGCCACAGGUCUCCUCCGCAACAGGCUUUGAUCCUGCAAGGAGCGGAGCCGCGCAAGACUUUGUUCAGAAGGAUGCCGGCAAAGAUGCAGAAAUGGCAGCCCUCAGACAGCAGCUGGAAGAGGAGCGGAGUGGGAGGCUGGGUUUGGAACACAAGCUGCAUGCAUGCAAGGCUGCAGAGGAGCGCCUCACUGCAGACGUCUGCUCACUGCAGCGCAAGCUCAGGCGAGUCCGGCCACUUACCCGCUGCCAUACGUCUAGCCCUGGCAUCUUUGAGCUGACCGGUGAGGAGCUGGAGCAGUACAAGGGCAAGGGAGCGCAAAGAAUUCCCACCAGUGACAAUAAUGCCAUCAACAGUGCCCCCUUCUCAGCGUACUGCAGGCAGCCGGCCCUGCGCUUGCGUUUCUCAGCCAGCGAAUUUCAAGCUCUCGCCUCUGUGCUGAACAAAUACUGA